GUCGCUUGGCACAAAUACCAAAUCUAAGAACAGUAUCACGGAAACAUCGAUUGCAGCGGAUGAUCGGGUGAGUUCUUAGCUCCUUCGCUAAGUCUCUACACAGAUCAUGAAGUUGAACGAUAAUUGAAUUGUGAAUUUGCGAAGAUUCGGAUCAUGGAGGACAAGGGCAAAGGAACGGACAGAUGGAGCGAUGCCGUAGCCAAUAUCACGGAGAUGGCCUCUAACCUAGAAUCACUCCAGAAGAUUUUAGUAAAGAAAGCCGUCUAUGUAGACGACGAGACGUUUGCCAGAGCUUCAUUGUGCUCCGAACAAGCAAGGACGAUCAAGGUUCUUGAACAAAGGGUUGAGACUUUGGAAAGAGAACUUGAUGCUGCUAUCACUGCUGCUGCUCAUGCUCGUUCAGAAAAACGUCAGGCUGAGGCAGCACAAAAAGCUGCUGAACUACAUGUGCAGGAGGUCACUAGAGAGCUCGAGAACACGACAAAGGUAUUUCAACUGCACAUGGAUGAAUUGCGUGCAAAGCAAGAGGAAAUCAACAAGCGUGAUAAGGAUAUCAAGCUCUUGGAAGCAAUAAUUCAAACUCUCGGUGCAUAGUUAGCCAAUUUUACAUGCUUCAAAGUUCAACUCAACUUCAAGCAGCAAAAGGAUCUUCACUGUCUGAAGAGCAGAAUUUCACUUGGCUUUAAGGUUUUUUCUUCACCCUACCACUGACACUUCUUAUAUUAAUGCUGAUAGGGCGACAAGUAGGUUCUGUUGUUUUCUUGAGUCCAGUUUGGUUUCUUAGAUCUUCUGAAAGCAAAAUGUUCUGUCAAAUUCAGUGUUGUAUGGAUAAUGUGGCUUUUGAAAUUGUGUGGAUAUGAUCAUGUAUGGAUAGAACUUCAUCAUUCUCUUACUUUCAUCCUUUUU